CGGCGGAGAGGGCGCGGCGCGGGCGGCUCGGGGCUGGAUUCCGCCCGCGCCCGCUCCCUCGCUCGCUCACUCGCUCGCGCCCUCCCUCCUUUUCUCCCAGCCCCCUCCCACCGAGGCCCACCCCACCCACCACCCCUGGCGCAGGGACUGCUGGAACCUGGCGGCACGCACUGUCGUUUUCAGACAGACUCUGCGGGCUCCGACCCGAGCCUUAGAAACCGGCCUCGAAUCCGGACCGGGGCCCGGGCUGGCCGGGCGGCUGAGGCCGGAGCGGCUGGAGCGCGUGGCAGAGCCCCGAGCUCCGAGCCCGGUCCCGUAGCCCCGAGAGGUCGAUGGAGCGCGGGCGGCGUCGUUGUGGGCGCGGGCAGCCCUGGGGGGCAGCCGCUUAGGCGCCGCUCUCUUGUCCCCAACAGGUCGCAGCCCGGGAGGCCGGGCGCUCCCAGCCCCGGCCCCUGGAGCGCCCGUUGCGGUCCCCACCUCCAUGGACGCCUUCAAGGGAGGCAUGAGCCUGGAGAGGCUACCGGAGGGACUGCGGCCACCGCCGCCACCACCGCACGACAUGGGGCCCAGCUUCCACCUGGCCCGCGCAGCCGACCCCCGAGAGCCGCUGGAGAACUCUGCCAGCGAAUCGUCCGACACUGAUCUGCCAGACAAGGAUCGUGGCGGGGAAGCCAAGGGGCCCGAGGAUGGUGGCGCGGGCAGCGCUGGCUGCGGCGGCGUAGAGGACCCAGCUAAGAAGAAGAAACAGCGGCGGCAACGCACUCACUUCACAAGCCAGCAGCUGCAAGAGCUGGAGGCCACGUUCCAAAGGAACCGCUACCCCGACAUGAGCAUGAGAGAGGAGAUCGCGGUGUGGACCAACCUCACUGAGCCGCGAGUGCGGGUCUGGUUCAAGAACCGGCGAGCCAAGUGGCGCAAGCGGGAGCGGAACCAGCAGUUGGACCUGUGCAAGGGCGGCUACGUGCCGCAGUUCAGCGGCCUGGUGCAGCCCUACGAGGACGUGUACGCGGCCGGCUACUCCUACAACAACUGGGCCGCCAAGAGCUUGGCACCGGCGCCGCUGUCCACCAAGAGCUUUACCUUCUUCAACUCCAUGAGCCCGCUCUCCUCUCAGUCCAUGUUCUCGGCCCCCAGCUCCAUCUCUUCCAUGACCAUGCCGUCCAGCAUGGGCCCGGGCGCCGUGCCCGGCAUGCCCAACUCGGGCCUCAACAACAUCAACAACCUCACAGGCUCCUCGCUCAACUCGGCCAUGUCGCCGGGCGCCUGUCCCUACGGCACCCCCGCCUCGCCCUACAGCGUCUACCGGGACACGUGCAACUCGAGCCUCGCCAGCCUGCGGCUCAAGUCCAAGCAGCACUCGUCGUUUGGCUACGGCGGUCUGCAGGGUCCGGCGUCGGGUCUCAACGCUUGCCAGUACAACAGCUGACCGCCCCGCCGGGUCCCGGGGCCGCCGGCCGGCAAGGCGCAGCGGGAGCGCGCGGAGCAAGCGAGGCGCUCGCAGCACCUCGGAACUCACCUCUGCGCAGCCCCUUCCUCCCCACCCCGCCUCCAGGUUGGUUUUGUGUUUGCUUCUCCGGACCCCCGCUCUGCCCCACCCCCCCAACGAAUAAAAAGGAAAGAAAGCAAGCCAAGGGAGGGAGUGGGGGGGGGGCGAAAGCAAAAAAAAAAAAAAAGACGUCAGAGAAAAAUGCUAGGGGUGGGGGUGAGUUGCAAUGUCCUUGGCGAUGGCGCAGGUGGUGCGUUCGAAUCCCCCCUUCCCCGACCCCAGCUGUCCACUACGCCAAGGGGACGUGGCGAGGGAAGCCAGCGCCAAUGUGGCUCGGAGAAGACGCGGUGCGUGCGUCCCUGCCGGAACGCCUCGACCUGUGAACUGAAUGUAGGGAGCCUGGAGGCCCUGGGAUCGUUCACCUGGUCAAGAACCGAGGUGCCCUCUUCUAGCCCGGCCCGUUUGAGUGCUCGCACGGGCGCGGGUCACUGUUGGAGCUUGCGCCUGGCUGGGGAUGACAGCGUCGACGUUUGCGCUGGAUUACCCUAAGGCCCCGGGAUGCCAGGAAGAGCACAGCAGCCCUGAGCUCUGGAGCCACACACUUGAGGCCACUGAGCCGCAGCUGGCCGUGGCCAAUCGGCAGCAGGAGGGCAAGGGCUCAGCUCUGAGUUCUCCAGCCCCAAAGCUUAGCCGCCAGCCCAGCCCUCUGCUCCACUCUGGGUCCAGGAGGUGGCCCAUCGAACAGCCCCUUCCUCACUGCCCGCCCGUGCAAGAGUCGAGCCAGGAGAGCAAGGGGGCACAGCCCCAGGGCCCCCGCCCACUUUGCACACCCGCUCUCUGGCCCGCGCCCGUUUACAGCGUCCCUGUGUAUGUCGGACUGACUGUAUAGAAUUAUAAAUCUGUCUAUAUCGACUUGUCCAUGUACGUCUAUUAAAACCAUAGUCGGAGCGUGCUAA